GUUAGGGGCCCCUAAACUGAGUAGCCAUUCUUUUAUGGGUCUCAGGAGAUGGAACACAGAGAGCCUGGGACCGGCCAGAGGCCCCCUGAGGAUGAGAAAGAGAUGAUCCGUCGAGCUAUCCAGAAGGAACUGAAGAUCAAAGAGGGUGUGGAGAACCUGCGGCGCGCAGCCACAGACCGCCGCCACCUGGGCCAUGUGCAGCAGCUGCUGAGGGCCUCCAACCGCCGCCUGGAGCAGCUGCAUGGCGAGCUUCGGGAGCUGCAUGCCCAAGUCCUGCUGCCAACCUCGGCUGAACCAGUGGCGUCAGGACCCAUGCCGCGGGCAGAGCAGUCGAGGGCUCGGCACUUGGAGGUUUUACAGAGGCAGCUGCAGGUCGAGCUGAAGGUAAAGCAGGGAGCUGAGAACAUGAUUCACACUUGUGCCAGUGGCACCCCCAAGGAGAGGAAGCUCCUAGCGGCUGCCCAGCAGAUGCUGAAGGACAGUCAGCUGAAGGUUGCCCUGCUCCGGAUGAAGAUAAGCAGCCUGGAGGCCAGUGGGUCUCCAGAGCCAGGCCCUGACUUGCUGGCAGAGGAGCUGCAGCACCGACUGCGAAUUGAGGCCGCUGUGGCUGCAGGGGCCAAGAACGUGGUGAAGCUGCUUGGUGGCCAGAGAAUACAGGACCGCAAGGCGCUGGCCGAGGCCCAGGCCCAGCUCCAAGAAUCCUCCCAGAAGCUGGACCUCCUCCGCCUGGCCCUGGAAUCACUGCUGGAGAGGCUGCCACCCACCCAUGCCCUGCGCAGCAGGGUGACCCAAGAGCUGCGGAUGGCCAUGCUCGGGAACCCCCAGCCUUUGGCGACACUUGUGAAACCCAUUGCCCUGACAGGGACUCUGCAGGUUCGCCUCUUGGGCUGUGAACAGCUGCUGAUGGCCGUGCCUGGGCGUUCUCCCAUGGCUGUCCUGGCAGGUAGCCCCUCUGAGGGCUGGCUGAGAACCAGGUCUAGGCAGCAGCGUGGUGGUGGAGAGCUGGCCAGUGAGGUGCUGGCUGUACUGAAGGUUGACAACCGUGUUGUGGGCCAGACAGCAUGGGGACAGGUGGCUGAGAAAUCCUGGGACCAGGCUUUUACCAUCUCCUUGGAUCGAGCCCGUGAGCUGGAGAUUGGGGUUCACUGGCGGGACUGGCGGCAGUUGUGCGGUGUGGCCUUCCUGAAGCUCGAAGACUUCCUGGACAAUGCCUGUCACCAGCUUUCUCUCAGCCUGGUGCCGCAAGGAAGGCUCUUUGCCCAGGUAACCUUCUGCGACCCUGUCAUUGAAAGGAGGCCUCGGCUGCAGAGGCAGAGACGCAUUUUCUCUAAGCGUAGAGGCCAGGACUUCCUGAGGGCUUCCCAGAUGAACCUCAGCAUGGCAGCCUGGGGACGUCUGGUCAUGAGCCUGCUGCCCCCUUGCAGCUCCCCAAGCACAGCCAGUCCCCCUAAAGGGUGCCCCCCAACUGCAGCCUGUAGGAUCUCCAGGUCUGCUUCCUCCAGUAAUUUCCUGCCCACGAAGACCCUCUUGGGAGAAGACGUGAAGCCUCCACCCAAGCCCCCUCGUCUCUAUCUGCCCCAAGAACCAGCCCUGGACACUCCUUGUAACAAACGGCCCCACAUGGACCCUAGAACUGGAGUGGCCCCCACCAGGAAAUCCCCCCGACUGCAGGACUUUCGAUGCUUGGCUGUGCUGGGCAGGGGACACUUUGGGAAGGUUCUUCUGGUUCAGUACAAAGGAACAGGAAAAUACUAUGCUAUCAAGGCACUGAAGAAGCAGGAAGUGCUGGGUCGGGACGAGAUUGACAGCCUGUACUGUGAGAAGCGGAUCCUGGAGGCUGUGGGUCACACAGGGCACCCCUUCCUGCUGUCCCUCCUUGCCUGCUUCCAGACCGCUAGCCACGCCUGCUUUGUUACUGAGUUUGUGCCUGGAGGAGACCUCAUGAUGCAGAUCCACGAGGAUGUCUUUCCUGAGCCCCAGGCCUGCUUCUACCUGGCCUGCGUGGUCCUGGGGCUGCAGUUUCUGCAUGAGAAGAGGAUCAUUUACAGGGAUCUGAAGCUGGAUAAUCUCCUGCUGGAUGCCCAGGGUUUCUUGAAGAUUGCGGACUUUGGACUAUGCAAGGAAGGGAUUGGCUUUGGGGACCGGACAAGCACCUUCUGUGGCACCCCAGAAUUCCUGGCCCCUGAAGUUUUGACUCAGGAGGCUUACACUCGGGCUGUGGACUGGUGGGGGCUUGGAGUGCUGCUUUAUGAGAUGCUAGUGGGUGAGUGCCCAUUCCCGGGGGACACAGAAGAGGAGGUGUUCGAUUGCAUCGUUAAUGCAGAUGCCCCGUUUCCUCACUUUCUGUCGGCUCAGGGGCUUGAGCUCAUUCAGAAGCUCCUCCAGAAGUGCCCAGAGAAGCGUCUAGGGGCAGGAGAGCAGGACGCAGAGGAGAUCAAGGUCCAGCCAUUUUUCAGGACCACCAACUGGCAGGCCUUGCUUGCUCGAACUGUCCGGCCUCCCUUUGUGCCCACUCUCUGUGGCCCUGCAGACCUUCGCUACUUCGAGGGGGAGUUCACCAGCCUGCCUCCAACCCUGACCCCACCGGCACCCCAAAGUUCCCUCACCGCUCGCCAACAGGCUGCCUUCCGGGACUUUGACUUUGUGUCUCAGCAGUUUCUGGAGUCCUGA